AUGGCAUUUAGGAGGGCAGAGGGGAUGUCCAUCAUCCAGGCCCUGGCAAUGACGGUGGCAGAGAUCCCUGUCUUUGUCUACACCACCUUCGGGCAGUCUGUCUUCUCUCAGCUGCGGCUGUCCCCGGGGCUGCGCAAGGUGCUCUUUGCCACGGCGCUGGGCACGGUGGCCCUGGCCCUGGCGGCUCACCAGAUGAAGCGGCGGCGGCGGCGGAGGAAGCAGAUCACUGCUGAGAAGGGAGGCUUCAAGCCCGGGGGCAUCGCUGUGCCCAUCCUGCCCACCAGAAGGGUCUCCUCCGUGAAGAAAGGAUACUCCAGCAGGAGAGUGCAGAGCCCUGGCAGCAAGAGCAACGAUACCCUCAGUGGCAUUUCCUCCAUCGAGCCCAGCAAACAUUCCAGCUCCUCCCACAGCCUGGCCUCGAUGGUAGCAGUCAACUCCUCCAGCCCAACACCAGCAGCAGGGAUGUGGGAGGCGCAGGCAGGAGAUGCUGCAGCCGUGGGGGACUCCAGUGCUGAGAGCCUCUAUGUGCAAGGCAUGGAGCUGUUUGAGGAGGCCCUGCAGAAGUGGGAGCAAGCUCUGACCAUCAGGCAGAGGGACAGUGCCAGUAGCAGCACCCCUGUGCCCUGGGACAGCAAGAGGCAGCAGGAGAGCCUGUCUGAGAACAUCUCAGAGGAGGAGUCCCAGCGGAGGGAGUUUGCCGAGAAGCUGGAGUCGCUGCUGCACAGGGCCUACCACCUGCAGGAGGAGUUCGGCUCCUCGCUGCCUGCCGACAGCCUGCUGCUGGACCUGGAGAAGACUCUGAUGCUGCCGCUGGCGGACGGCUCCCUGCGGCUGCGCUCCGACGAGGAGGACAGCUCAGCCUCCGAGGACUCCUUCUUCUCUGCAGCAGAGCUCUUUGACUCUCUUCACUGGGAUCAGAUCCCCUUCCACCUCUCCAAGCCAGUAGCUGCCUAUGAAGAAGCUCUGCAGCUGGUGAAGGAGGGGAAGGUUGCCUGCCGGACACUGAGGACAGAGCUCCUUGGCUGCUACAGUGACCAGGACUUCCUGGCCAAGCUGCACUGUGUCAGGCAGGCCUUCCAGGAGCUGCUGGAGGAUGAAAGCAAUCAACUGUUCUUUGGGGAGGUUGGGAAGCAAAUGGUGAUAGGACUGAUGACAAAGGCUGACAAGAACCCCAAAGCCUUCCUGGAGAGCUAUGAGGAGAUGCUGCAGUAUGCCCUGAAGCAGGAGACUUGGCCAACCACCCAGCAGGAGCUGGAGGGAAGAGGGGUGGUGUGCAUGAGUUUCUUCGACAUUGUGCUGGACUUUAUCCUGAUGGACGCGUUCGAGGACCUGGAGAACCCUCCCUCGUCCGUGCUGGCCGUGCUGCGCAACCGCUGGCUGUCCGACAGCUUCAAGGAGACGGCUCUGGCCACUGCCUGCUGGUCAGUUCUGAAAGCAAAAAGGAGGCUUCUGAUGGUCCCAGAUGGGUUUAUCUCUCACUUCUACUCCGUAUCGGAGCAUGUCAGCCCUGUCCUAGCCUUUGGUUUCCUGGGGCCCAAGCAGCAGCUCUCUGAAGUCUGCAGUUUCUUCAAGCAGCAGAUCGUGCAGUACCUGAAGGAUAUGUUUGACCUGGACAAUGUCAGGUACACGUCGGUGCAGUCGCUGGCUGAGGACAUCCUGCAGCUGUCUCGGCGCCGCAGUGAGAUCCUGCUGGGCUACCUGGGCACACAGGCGGUCCCCGAGGCCAACGGGCUGCUGCCCGCCGAGCCCGAGCCCCUGCGGGAGCUCAUCUGAGCCCAGCUCAGCCGGGAGGAGUUUUGUACCGGGACCUUUCUCCUCCCAGAGGGGGAUGCACCUCACUGCCCCGUGCGGUGGUGGCGGCAGGACCAGCCCAGUGCCCUGGAGGGACCCUCUGCUCCGUGUAGCCAGUAGUGUUUGCUGGGAUGGAUCCAGGACCUCUUGCCAGCUUAUGGUUUGGAUUUCUUCUUUGUUCCACCUUCCUCUUCUUUUUAUCAUCAUUUUUACUGUGUCAUAUAAACCACAGACUGCCUGGGCCCAGGGUGUCACCCAUUUGUCUUGAAGGAGGGCACCAAAUGCCCCCGGUUCUGCCUGGGCAGGUUUGCCUGCUCUUUACCAGGGUUUGUGGGAGCAAGGGCACCACUGCUCCCUUCUCCACUGGCCCCUUGGCUUCCCCUGGAGGCUUGCUUUGCUUUGGGAUUUCAGGAUCGUGCCCUGCUGUGUGCCAGGACUGCUGAUCUGGGCAUGUUCCACCACAGGCACUGUGACUGGCAGUUUCUUUCCCGGGGAGGGAGAAAUGCUUUCUGUAAAGCACUGAGGUAAAUCAGGCUGCAGCUCUAGGGAAGCUGCUGUGUGCCCUCUGCUGCUGUGUGCCAUGGUGGUCAGCCUGUCUGAGGUGCCUGCUGAAGUCUGUUUGCCCCUGGGGCAAAGCUACUGUGGUGAGGGGCUGGGUUUGCAUCCUGCAAGCUCACAAAGUCUGCAGCCCAUCAGUGCCUUGUGUGCUUCAGAAGGAGCUGUGGAGGCAGCUGGGGGGCAGUGGUGCCCGUUCCUGUUAGGCUGGAUGUGAUGUGAGGGUCUGUGUGUGCAGAGCUGGCAUCAGGCUGCUGGAGAGGAACAGUCUCGGUCCCGCAGAGCGUGGAGUGGGGUUGGGUGUGGAUCAGGUGGCCUUGGAGUGAUGGGGUGGGCUCAUCUCAGCUGUGGUGACCCUGAACUCUGGCUGCUGAGCUGGACACUGGUGGGGGAUAGGAGCAGAGGACUUGAGGACUUCUCAAGGGGUUAGAUCAGCCUGGGCUGACACUUGGAAGACUUCAGGACUGGUAGGUAUCUGCAGGGGCUUAGCUGCUGUGCCAGAAAACCCUUUGGGGGCUGUGACUGCAGAGCUGGCUGGGGAGGCUGUGACAAGCUGCACUCAGUGCUUAGUGUGUGUGUAGAGACUGCUCCAGGUGGCUUUAGGAGGGGCUUGAUGAUCUCCAAAGCACAAACCCAUGACUAAAACAGCAGGAGGAAAACUGCUGUCUGGGACCCAUGGGAUGAGUGUGGCUUGGGAGAGCAGGGUUUGAUUUACUCCUUCACUAGAACAUUCCUCUGCCAUGUGUAAAGCUCUGAAUGUAAACUUGUGCCUCUCUUCUUCAUUUCCUAAAGCUGUACAGAUUUAGUUGGCUUCUUUCCUUGCAGCUAAUGUUUUGGUUUUAAUACCUUAGGCUGUAGGCAAGCAAAUAAACCUCUCCUCCAUGA